CCGAAAUAACGAGAUAGUCAAGUCUAUCCUCCUCCAAUGGACAAAGCUCGUCUAAACUAUGAAGGAUUGUUAAGCUUGGAGCAACCUUUGCUCAAGGUUCCCGCUGAACAACUCAAAAAGGCUGCUCGUACCUCCCAAAGAUAUGUAGAGUAUGUGAUGAAAGAAGUGACAUCCGAAGUUGGCAAACUAGCCAAACCCGGGAAGACUACACCGGAUGAAGCUGUCAAGAGCCUAGGAGACAUGGUUACGCGUUUGCAGAAACUCAAGCGAAAGCUGUCAGAGACAAAGGGCGAAGAGCAGCUCUAUAUCCAACGCACCAAAACGCGGUUAAACCAUCUCAAUGAGCUCAUGGCGAUUCCGAAUGCAGAAUCCGACGCAUACGCGCGAUGGAGUCAAACGAGAUUGGAUAGGGUAUUGGUGGAUUACAUGCUGAGACAGGGCUAUAGUGAGACUGCUAAACGACUCGCGAGCGAAAUUCAUAUUGAGGAUUUAGUCGAUAUAGAGCUUUUUGCAGAGUCGCGCCAGGUAGAGGAGGCUUUGAAAAACAGAAACUGUACAGAGUGUCUCCGCUGGUGUACAGACAAUCGGUCUAGUCUCGAGAAAAUUCAGAGCACGCUAGAGUUCAAUAUCCGCCUACAAGAAUACAUUGAACUCGUUCGACAACAAAAAAAGGAGGAAGCCAUCAAAUAUUCCCGGAAGUAUCUGACUGCCUGGCAUGUGACCCACAUGAAGGAGAUUCAGCAAGCAAUGGCUCUGCUAGCCUUUUCCCCUGAUACGUCUUGCGAUGCCUAUCGGGAUCUAUUCGACGAAUCCCGCUGGGAUGCUCUCAUCGAACAAUUCCACGCUGACAACCACGCUCUUCACAAUCUUACUUCCCAACCGCUUCUAACCAUGACUCUCCAAGCCGGUCUGUCUGCACUGAAAACGCCAAUGUGCUACCACGAAGGUGACCAUGCUAUCAAUUGCCCAAUAUGCGCUGGCGACACAUUUGGCGUGCUUGCAGAGGACUUGCCGAAUGCUCAUCACGUUAAUUCAUGCAUUGUGGAUCGUAUAUCGGGUGUUAUUAUGGAUGAGGACAAUCCACCGCUGGUGCUGCCCAAUGGUUAUGUGUACAGUGCACAGUCGUUGCAGGAAAUGGCGGCUCAAAAUGGCGGUGUGGUCACUUGUCCGCGUACUGGAUUGCAGUAUCACAUGUCUACUACGCGGAAAGCGUUCAUAUUGUAGAAUAAUCUGUACAUAUUUCAGCCAAUGAUAGACUUGAUUUGCAGGUGUCACUUGCUCCUGUACAAAAAUUAUCCUACGACAGUGAAGCAUCAGCUUCGACAUACGAAUGAAAAUGUCUCAGAGCAAUAUGAAA